ACGGUCCGUCCCUCCUUUCAUUUUCAGCUGUUAAGUGGCAUGGUGCUUACAAGAGAACUUAGACCGUGUCUUCGCUUUCUAUCCUCUUCUGUCAGCUUUUGUGCACCUGACUUUUGUAAAUAUAUAUUUUAAACUAGUGGAGAUCUCCAGUUUUAUUGUCAUGGCAAAGUGGUAUAUUGUAUUAUUAUAUCUCCUCCAAGUACUUCUUCCCUUCACCUUUGGACAGCAGCGCGCAGCGGCACCCUGGAGGCACCGCAUCCAGUGGCAGAAUAACGGGCAGGUUCACAGCUUGCUGAGCACCGGGUCAGAGUACCAGGCUCCGGUCCGGUCUGGCGGCCUGUCGAGGGUUUACCUGAGCAGCAGGAGGGAGGACGCUGCCAGGAAUGUGCCGGGUGCGCACAGAGGAGCCGCUCCUGUAGGACAUGUUGUGAGCUAUGCAGACGCACAGCGCUUCAAUUCCUCUUCAGCGGGCACUUUGAGAGACACGCUGGGCAGAAGAGAAGCUGCGCAUCGCGGAGCAUCCCAUACCGUGCGAGGGGAGCCAGGGCUUGGCGCUUUACGCGCAGUGCCAGAGAGGAUGCUUGUCUCCAGGCAACCGACGCAGACGGGUCGGUUGAUCUCAGCGCAUCCGCCAGUUCUGGAAAGCCAACCUGAGGCUCCCGCUCCUUUCCCAGUGUCGAGUGUGUAUGCAACAAACGAAGCUGAUGGAGAGGGCAUGGUCAACGACGACCCCCGGAACCCGUUUAAAACGCACAGGAAUUCGGUUUUCUACAACAUGUACCCGACCAGAGGCAGAUCCGUGGGCCGGACGCGCCAUCCGCCCGGCACAGGGUACGGAACGAGGUUGUUCCAAAACGGACUGCCAGACCUCAUUCCAGACCCCUAUGCCAUCCAAGCAGGGACUUAUGUCCAGCGCAUGCAGAUGUACGCGCUACGCUGUGCUGCAGAGGAAAACUGUCUGGCUAGGUCGGCGUAUGCGCCCGGCGUUCGAGACAUCGACUUCAGGGUGCUUCUGCGAUUCCCUCAGAAAGUGAAGAACCAAGGGACUGCAGACUUUCUCCCUCUCAAGCCCAGAUAUCAGUGGGACUGGCACAGCUGCCAUCAGCAUUACCACAGCAUGGACGCCUUCAGUAACUACGACCUGCUGGACAUGGUUUCUGGACGUAAAGUGGCCGAGGGGCACAAAGCCAGCUUCUGCCUGGAGGACACGGGCUGUGAGCCUGGAAUCAGGCGGCGCUACGCAUGCACAUCUCACACACAGGGACUGAGCCCAGGAUGCCACGACACUUACGCCGCCAACAUCGACUGUCAGUGGAUUGACAUCACCGACGUCCCUCCAGGAAACUACAUCUUACAGGUUACAGUCAAUCCCAGUUUCCACGUCCUGGAAUCUGACUUCACCAACAACGUUGUGAGGUGCGAGAUCAUAUACACGGGCGUUUAUGUUCAGACACGUGGCUGUCGAAUAACAAGGUCUUGAAUAUCCUAAACUCCUGCAUCAGCUGCCGGAUGUCUGCAGCAGAACGUCUGCUCUGUACUGGAUUCUGAUAUUGAAACA